CAGACGCACCCACUCACAUUCCAACUCACUCUGGCUCAGCCACAACAAGUCUGAUAAAACAAAGCCUGUACGGUUCAGCCUGAGAGACGAGCUCUGUGUUUCUGUGUUUGGGCGUGUGGAUUACUUUGCUUCUCUGGAUUUCUUCUGAGUUCCUCUUUCACUGGCUCUCGCUGUGGAACGUCUCCCAUCAGGAUGUGUAACCAAAAGGGUCUGUGUGUAACUACAGUAUUCCUGUAUCCUCUGGCCAUCACCUCCAUUAUCUGCAGCAUUCUUCUCUUCUUCCCUGGGUGGUCAUAUGAGUACUUUUCUCAAGGCAAACUCACCACAGAGGUGAGGUUGUCAGGGGGUUUGGUCGGAGGACUCGUGGUUUUGAUUCCAGCAUUUUUUGUUCAAAAGGCUGAGAAGUGUUUAUGCUGUUGCAAGUGUUGUGGGCCUUGCCUGUCUGUUCUCUUGGAAGCACUCGGUGUUGUUGGCGCCAUGUACAGUUUUGGAGUUGCACUGUCCGGGCUGCUAAAUGGACCCUACUGUAAAGGAUAUUGGACCUGGGGAACACCUUUUAAGGGCCAAGGCGGGAGUUAUCUGCAUGACCAGUCCCAGUGGAGUACGUGCUCAGAGCCAGAGGACGUGGUGAAGUUUAACGUGAUUUUAUUCUCCAUACUGCUGGCGAUCAGUAGCCUGAAGAUCAUCUUCUGCUCCUCUCAUAUUAUCUGUAUCCUCGUGAGCUGCCUCUGCCUCCCGCCAACGGCUUUAGUAGCGGCCAAAGCCGCAUCGCCAUGAAAUAUUAUCAUGAAAUAGAACACCUAAAAAAAACACUUUAUUCAGCUACAUGAUGAUGUAAUUUCCUGCAAAAACAAAGAGAAAAAAGUAAAACACAAACAAAACUUUUCCACAUCCUGGCAAAAUUCAACAGCUAGAACACUGUUGCUCUCCAAAUAAGUUUUAAUAAAAAUCAGAUUUUUACUUUUGUAUGUCAUUUGAACAUGGCAGCUGACCUUUACACUGUGUGAAAAAUUCAAAGUGAAAAUGUAAAAAUUUCUUAGAAUAAAAUCUACUUACUUUAUAAUUUUGCCCUCUCAAGUAAAGUUACUAUAUUUAAGUUUUAUUCUAUU